AUGGAUCGCUUUUCGUGGUCUAAUGGUCUUUUGGAUAUUAAUGAAACUUUAGUAAUUCAACAGCGCGGCGUCAGAUUGUAUGAUGGCGACGACAAGGCUAAACUGGAUAUUGGAGUAGCUUUGCUAAGUACUCAUCGCCUAAUUUGGAGGGACGGGAAAAAUCAUGAAUGCUGCAUUUCCAUGCCAUUGUCAGAUAUUAUAUUUUUUGAGGAGCAAGCUGCAGGAAUAGGAAAAAGUGCAAAAAUUGUAAUACACCUGCAUCCAGCAUCACCUAACAAAGAGCAAGGACCCUACCAACACAGCAAGUUUUCUUACAUUAAGCUCUCUUUUAAAGAACAUGGACAAAUUGAGUUUUUUAGGAGACUAAAUGAGGAGAUGAUUCAGAAGAGAUGGGAGAACACUCCCCCUUCCCAAUCCAUCCCAACAGGAGUCGAAACACAGUCAGGAAGGACACGCGCAGUCGGGAUUGUUGGCAUUGAGCGGAAGAUAGAAGAGAAAAGGAAAGAAACGGACAAAAACAUCUCAGAGGCGUUUGAAGAUCUCAGUAAACUGAUGGUGAAGGCCAAAGAGAUGGUGGAGCUUUCCAAAUCUAUAGCUAACAAGAUAAAAGACAAGCAAGGGGACAUCACAGAGGAUGAGACCAUCCGCUUUAAGUCUUACUUGCUGAGCAUGGGUAUCGCUAACCCCGUCACCAGGGAAACGCAUGGCUCAGGCACACAUUACCACAUGCAGCUGGCUAAACAACUAGGAGAUAUGCUCCAGGCCCCUCUGGAGGAACGUGGAGGCAUGAUGGCGCUUACCGAGGUGUACUGUCUGGUCAACCGGGCUCGAGGCAUGGAGCUUUUAUCCCCGGAAGAUUUGUUAAAUGCCUGCAAGAUGUUUGAGUCUUUGAAGCUUCCAUUGAGGCUGCGUGUAUUCGACAGUGGCGUGAUGGUGGUCCAGCUGCAGUCUCACAGCGAAGAGGAAAUGAUCGCCUCAGCGUUAGACAAUGUGUCUGAGAAAGGGUCUUUAACAGCAGAGGAGUUCGCUAAACUGUUGGGUCUCUCUGUGCUUUUGUCUAAGGAGCGUUUGCUACUGGCUGAGAAGAUGGGCCACCUGUGUCGCGAUGACUCUGUGGAGGGUCUGAGGUUCUAUCCAAACCUCUUUUGA